AUGUCGUCGUUGCCACCGCCAACAAACCCAUAUAAAAUAAUUGAAUUCUAUUUUAUACGUUAUUUUUGUACCGUUCUACUUAUCCUUGGAACAUUUGGUAAUACACUUAAUAUUUGUAUUUUUACACGUUCGAAACUUCGUUCAGUUUCUUGUUCAUGGUAUUUUCUGGCAGCGACAUGUGAAAAUUUUAUUGCACUUUAUGUCGGGUGUCUCACACGACUUUUAUCAACAUUUGAUGUUAAUCCUCGAACAACACUAUCAGCUUCUAUCUAUUGUAAAUUUCGAUCAUAUUUUACCUAUGGCAAUUUAUCUGCAUCAAUGUGGCUUAUAAUUGGAGCAUGUAUGGAUCGAUGGGCAUCAAGUUCUUCAAAUGUACGAAUAAGAUCAAUUGGUGAGAUUAAAAUAGCUAAACGAAUUAUUCUUAGUAUAAUUUGUAUUAUGCAUCUUAUUUAUGAUCCGAUGCUGUAUUGUUAUGAUGGAUUCUUUUUUUUUCUUACAUAUUCUUUUCUUCCAUGUUGUCUAAUGUUAAUAUUUGGUUUACUGACUAUUCAUAACGUACGAACUAGUCGACGACGUAUAGCUCAAACAAAUAAUAUACAAAAUAAUAGAAAAACAUCAGUACAAAUGACUGUUAUGCUUCUUGUACAAGUCAUCUGUUCGAUUAUGAUCUCAUUACCAAUUUCUUUACAAAGUAUGUAUAAUGUAUUAACGAGAAAUUACUAUAAAUCACAACAACAGCAACAAUUGGAAAGGUUUCUCAAUAUUUUAUUUAUAACUACUACUUUUAUGAACAGUGCAAUAUCAUUUUAUAUAUUUACACUGACAGGAAAAACAUUUCGAGGAGAAUUAAAGAAAUUUUUAUGUUGUAAAGUUACAAUAAAUUCUGUUGUAUCUUAA